AAGGCAGCACACACACAAUCGACGUCCGAUCCCCACACCACGCACGCGCAUCCUCCCUACAUAGAUUUGUAUUGACGGUGUUCUACAUAAAGCAAAAACGUCGUUUUGUGUUUCAAUUUUUACCAACCACAUCGAUCCAUCGUUAUGUAUAGCAAGUUCAAAUGAAUGAGGGAGCAUCACACUGACAUUGACAAGACUUUGCCGUACAGUUUCAUCGCACCACCACCAUCUCACGGCGGAUCGUCGAGUGAAAUUUCAGGAUGACUUCAGCACCACCAGGAUACGAUAAAUCAGGCUAUGACCAGCAGCCACAACAGACUGGGUAUCCACCUCAAGCUAUGUACAACCCUCAACAGGGCGGACAAGUUGCGGUGGCCCCUGGCCCAACAGUGAUAGUUCGGCAGCAGGGGGCUACUCCCAAUGAUCAUCUCAUUGCCUCUGUGCUCGUCACCCUAUUCUGCUGCUGUCCUUUCGGAAUCAUCGCAAUUCUGAAAUCUAUGGACGUCCGGUCUAGACUGGCUGCCGGUGAUCUAGCCGGAGCACAAGCGGCAUCGCGCCAGGCCAAGACGUGGUGUACCGUGGCCCUUGUCACCGGUAUCACUCUAGAAGUUAUCGGCAUUGUCGCCUUCAUCUUUUACUACGUUUUUGUUAUCAGUGUUGCAGCUUCUGCCGUUAAUAAUUACACUAAUUUAUAUGGGUAGAGAUAUUAUACGGCUCUAUGGGUCGAUUUCACAAAGAACUUAGGACUAGUGUCCUUACUUAGGACACGUCCUAACCUAGGACUAGUCCUAG